AUGUCGACGGCUCAGGCUGUGUUGCCUCCAUCGGGGACGUCUUUCAUCUCCAUUGAUAACGUACUGAUCUUUGCUGGUCUCUGGUUGGUCUACCAAACCCUCAAGAUUAUCUACAAUGUAUCACCGCUUCAUCCACUCAGUCGCAUUCCCGGCGACAAGCUAGCAGCCGCGACGUACUGGCCAGAGUUCUACCACGAUGUUGUCAAAUUCGGAUGCUACACCAAAGAGAUCGCGAGGAUGCAUGAGAAGUAUGGCCCGAUUGUUCGCAUCAGCCCGCACGAAGUGCACUGCAAUGACAUUUCAUUUGCGGAUGAAAUCUAUGCUGUGGGCGGGCGCAAACGCGACAAGCCAGUGCAUCAGAUCAACGGCUCAGCACUAGGGCAAGCUGGAUUUGGUACAGCUGAUCACGAUUUGCAUCGCCUUCGCAGAACUCCUGUAGCGAAGUUCUUCUCACGGGGAAUGAUUGCAAGACUUGAACCAGAGAUCCAGAACCUGGCACAGAAACUGUGCGAUAAACUGCUCCGAGAGUCUGGCCGGGAGGCAUUUGAUGUCACGAUGGCAUACAGCUGCUUCACGUCUGAUGCUAUCUCUGGUUACAGCUUUGGCGAGAGCUUUGGCUUCCUUGAUCAAGAGGGUUGGUACCCCAACUUCCGCGAACCACUUGCUUCGAUCUUGCGACCUGUCUUCAUUUUCCGCUUCUUCCCGUGGACAAAGGCCAGUGCUGCACUUGGUAAAUACCUGGUUGACUACAUGCCUCCAAGUUCUGCUCUCAUGAUUCGUACGCUGCAGAUUGAUCUGCCCGAGAAGAUGAGACAAGCUAAGGCCGAUAUCGAUGCGGGUAUCAGAUACGAUCGGCCCACUGUAUUCGGCACGAUCUUGGAAUCGGAUCUCGUCUCGUUGGAGAAGGAACCGCAAAGGUUAGCUGAUGAAGCCGCUGGAGUCAUCGGUGCAGGGACAGAGACGACGAGUUGGGCAAUGGCUGUGAUUACCUAUCACCUCCUGACCAAACCCGAGCUUCUUACCAACCUCAGAACCGAGCUACAGUCCGUAGUAAAGGACCCCAAACAGCUACCAUCGUGGACUGAGCUUGAGAACCUACCAUACCUUGGAGCGGUCAUUCAGGAAGGCUUGAGGCUGUCGUAUGGUGUCUCAGCUCGUACAGCUCGUGUGCCGACUGAAGAGAACUUGGUCUUCCGUGGCGAAUGGAAUAAACGGUCGGUCGAGUACAUUAUUCCGCAGGGCUACGCUAUAGGCAUGUCAGCUGCCAUUACCCACCAUGACGAAAAAGUAUUCCCCGAUUCGUAUGCCUUCAUCCCCGAGCGCUGGUUGGAUGAGAACAAUCAGCGAAGAAAGGAUGUUGAGCGCAGUAUGCUCGCAUUCUCCAAAGGCAGCCGGUCCUGUUUGGGCAUGAAUCUUGCGCUUUGUGAGCUCAACCUGAGUCUCUCAGCACUCGUUCUACGCGUCCUCCCUCACAUGCAUCUGUUUGAUACAACGGCGGAAGAUCUGGCGUAUGACCACGACAUGUUCAUUCCCAUGACUAAAGACAACAGAGGCGUACGAGUCACGAUUGAUUAA